UGGUAUAAUCUGGUAUGUGUGCGUCCAAUGUAAAAGUGUACAUCUAUUUCCUUGACUGUUGAUCAUUAUGAUUUACGAUGCUCACGAUUGAUUCCUUGGUUUUUUGGUUAUUUAUGGUUCUUUGUUGAAUCUCACAAUAUAUAUUUAUUCUAUUAUAUUAAGCAUAUUGGCCAUUUCGUGAAAAUUAAGAGGUACAAUUAAAAUAGCUUAAUGUACAAACAUCUAAUGCAAUAUUUCGUGAAAAUUAAGAGGUACAAUUAAAAUAGCUUAAUGUACAAACAUCUAAUGCAAUACCAUAUUUUACUGGACCAUACCUUAAAUAAGGUAUGUUUUUACUAUACUUAAAUAACAUUCCUUAAAUGAGAUUUGUUACCUGGGUUAGGUCACUGCAUCUGUUCUUCUCUUUUUUUCCAUCACCUCACUUCCCGAUCCUUCCACCGUCUCAUCUUCGAACUUCCCAUGGACUCUCUCACCCAAUAUCUGUUUCCACCGCUUCUUUUCGACUUUUACACCGCUUCUCGAACUUUUUUUUCCCACCGCUUAAUGUCAUCUGUACCUCCUCCAUCAGAUGUUCCUCCAUCAAACGACGCCAUUGAUUUUUCAAUAGACGUUCCUUCUAGGUUCCUUUUACUUCUGCCGGCGGCGUCGAACUCUAAAGAUCCACAAUCGGCCGACAACGUGGAACAAUCAAAGCCCCUCUAGACCAUAGGUAAUCUGUGGAUUUUCAUAGACAUGGGGUUUGAUAAUAUCUCAGGCUUGAUUGGUUCGUCAGUGAUAUACUCCUCGAAGAAAAGCUCUUGUUUCUCCUUCGCCUCUGUGACCAUCGAAAUCCACCAUCGGAAAAGCUAUCCGUCGUCCCGACGCCCCUCCAAGGAUAGGUUUUAUACCUAUGGUACUGUUAUUCGGCAUGAGGAGUAUUGGGACUAUGAGUCUCCAUCGCACUAGGGAGGGGAGAAGGUGAGGCUGGCGAUAGAGAUGGUUUGACCACCUCUCUCUCUCUCUCUCUCACUUUCUAACCAUCGUGUAGGUAUGUACAAGGGUAUCAAUUGGAAAAGGGUAUCGACUGGAGAAAAAAGGGACAAGGCCAUUCACCAUUGCGUCUUCAGCCAUUUGCAUUUAUUUGAUGGCAAAGGAUGUGAAUGAUCAGGGCAGGAAAGGUAUAAUAGUUGUAGUAGUACUUCCCUUUUGUGGUUUCUAAUAUCAUUACUUCCCUCACCACAUCCAACACAUUAUUUCUCUCAAUCUCAAUCUCAAACCCUGAUCCUCUUUAUCCGUUCGAUUAGUCAGUCUCGAUCUUAUUUUGGCUGGGUCAUUCAAACGAUAUUGCGGACAUGAGGCCUCAGGUAAGCAUCGAUUAAGAUAAAGAUACAUUUAAUUUAAUAGAGGUUUGUUUCAUUUCCCAAUUUUGCAUAAGAUUUGUCUUGGAACAAGAACACAGUGGUGAAAGUUAUCACACACCCCUCACUAACAUUAUGUAUUGCCAUCCAUUUACCUCUUUACAUUUCUCUCUCUCUCUCUCUCUCUCUCUCUCUCACACACACACACGCACAUCUAUGUUGAUGCCUAAACUUAUGUUUUAACUAGGUAAAGUAUCAAUUAAACUUUGUGAUUAUUGUUUGUUAUAAAUAUUUUAAAUUGGUAGAUUAUUUAGACUCUGAAGUUAAAUUUUUUGAAUGGUUCAAUUGUUUAAAUGUUCAACGGAAUUGUUGGAUUUUAAUUUCUCGAUUAUACAGUUCUAUGGAUUAAUAGAAGAAAUUGGUGUUGUAUUUUUAUGAUUUUAAUGUAAACAUCAUGAUUUAGAAAUCAAAUUUUUUGAAUCUGUAACAUCUACAAUUUUCAUUGAGUUUUGAAUUUUAAUGUCUAUAAAUGUUUAUUGUUCAAAUUCAAUUUGCAAUCUGUUAAGACUUUGGUUGUUUGUAAUUGUAAAUUGUAAUUAUUUUUAUAAAAAGCUUAAAGCGCAUUAAUUUAUUAAUUCUCAUUUGUUCGAGUGAAUGAAAUUGAAAAAUGUGUUUUCCCUAAAACUGAAACCAAUAAAUAGUUUCUUUAAUGGACAAUGAGGAUUAUACAUUAAAUAAUCCAAAAGUGAUAUCUUACUUAUUUCUUAAUACAUACAACUUCAACUUUAUCAUUUUCUAAUUUGUGAGGUUUUAAAGCUCUUACUUAUUGGCUUAAUGUCAAUUUGUUAUUGGACCUCUGUGACAUGUUUUUGUUAGAACAGGAGAUUGAAACUUUUUGUUGUGACUGAGAUGUUAAAAGUCGUUUCUCACAACAAAGAUCAUCCAAAACCUAUCAAGGUAAAAUAGAUUUAUCAUAAUAAAGAUGAAAUAUUGCUUUAAAUUGAGUUUCAUUCUUAUGCUACACUGCUGCUUUUCUCUCUAAAAUCAUAGGCAUUGUUGUUGCUCUUUUCUGCUUGUAUUCUAUCUUGUAUGUGUUAUUUGUUAGAUCGGUGGACAUACGAUUCUUCUUGCAAGAGUAAGAAACUGCUAUUACUCUUACAACCUUUUUUUUACAAAGAUGUCCUUAUAAACUUGUGUAUUAUGUGUGCAGGAAAUAGAGAGUUUACUCGAAAGGGGAAGACACUAGAAAACUAAAAAUAAUUUUGUAUUUUAUUUAUUGAGAUUAAUUUCGACUUGAGAUAUGAAAUAUGUUAUUAUAUCAACCUCUUGUAUUUGUUUUCAGGUUAAUAAGUAUAGUUCUUAGAAACAACUUGACUGGAAGAGACAAAAUCAGCUUAGCAUGCACUUCUUCAGUCCUUACAAGAUGGUAAAGUAAAAUAUGUGUAGAUAAAUUACAAAUCCUUAUCAAAUCUUUAGGAGAUAUUAAAUUUUAAAAGCAAAAAAAUUCAUAGCUUUUUAGAAUAUUGAGUAAAUUUGAUCCAAUUUGGAAUAUUUAAGCAAUGGAUAUAUAUAUAUAUAUUACUUUAUUGCUCUUUUUUCAGUUAAUUUUCGACUAAUGCAAUUUUAUUUUCAGAUUAAUUAGAAAUUAUCUUAACUUUUUUGGUUAUGGACAUAUUUGUCAUCAAGGAUUAUCAAGGAGAGGGGUUUUUUUUUGUCGAAAUUAAUCAUUUGGAUAAACCCACAUGAAAGGUACUAAUGUUCAUUGAUUACUAUAUAGUGUUAAAUGCAAGAAAUAAUAGUUUACUUUUGUGGACAUGCUUAUAAUAGCAUCAUACUUUGGUUUUAUAAUAAGAAAUAAAUUGCAAGUAUAAUGCUAUAAUUGUACUAAAAAUAAAUGAAACUAGGAUACUUUAAUACACAUAUAAAUAAAAGUACGCUUUUAUUUCUUGCAUUUAUCCCUCUUAUUUAAUGUAAGAAACAACAAUAUAUUUUUGUUGAUUUGUUUAUUAUAGCAUCUUGCUUUUGUUUCUUUCUAUUUAAGCCUUCAGUUUUGAAUCUUUAGCUUUUGAAUAAAUCAAAUUAUGUUGUUAUAAAUGGGUAGAUCAAUAGAUAUAUCAAUGGAAUUCAAUUAACCAAAAGUUAUAGAAAAAUUAUCCAAAUUUCCGUUUUUUUUGUUAGAUGGUAGCAUGAGUUAUAGUAUUCCAGGUUUUGAAAUCACCCAACUUAUUCAAUGUUCAUUUCAGGUUAGACUUCUUCAUCCAUUUGAAUCUUGACUUUUUUUUUUUAUCUUUUUUCUAAUGUUCAUAUUCAUGUUUUAGCAACCAACUUCCACUAAAGAUAAAGUUAACAGUAAGACAUAUAACAAGAAGAAGAUAAAGGUAAUGCUCUGUUAGAAAUCCUAUUAUAUUACAUUGUUAUCUUCGAACUUCCAGAUAUUAUGAUUUGUAUUUUGUUUUUUUAUAUAGAAAGAUGUUGGAUCAACUUGAUCAUCAGACGUUCCUUAAGUAUGUUCAAAGGUCAUAGUGCUUGUGUAUUUGGCUCACAGUUGGUAAACCCAAGAUAAUUAAUUAAACUUUCUACCAAUAUUUUUAAUUUUCAAUGAUUUAUUAGAACUUUUAGAUUGAAAUAAAAGCGGUAAUUCCCAAAAACAAAAAUAGUCACAUCCCCCCCUCCCGAUACUCUCACAAAUAUCUUCAUUGUAGUUAAUGUGUCUAGAAAACUUCUGAAUUCUUUCUUAGAAGUCUGCUAUUUGUAUGGGUGUAGGUAACCUUAUUUGAUAAUUGUGUCACAUGUAGGUAAAGAAAAUGGUGGUGCCUAGUCUAGCAUGAAUCUUGCAAAUGAUGUCAUGAAGUACAUCAACAGUAAGUAUUUGAAACGGGGAUACUGACAAAAGAGUCAGAUGUUUACUCCUUCGGUGUGGUGUUGUUUGAAGUUUUGUGCGGGAGGUUGGCUAUUGGGAAAAAUGAUAAGCAUCAACCUUUUACUCAAUGGGUACGAGAAUGUUACACAAAGAACAACCUAGAUGAAAUUAUAUAUAAAGAUAUAAAGGUUGAAAUGAAUCCUCGUGCCUUGGAAGAGUUUACAAGAAUUGCAUAUCAAUGUUUGAGGGACUUUAAGCAACGUCCAACAAUGAAAGAAGUCCUGGCAAAACUUGAAAGUGCACUCGAAUAUCAAAUCAUAGAAACAACAUCUUUUCCAAAAGAGUUUGAAGACCUCAAAAUACAGCUGGAGGCUAUACUAUUAGCAACCAACCACUUUUCUAAUGAGAAUUGCAUCGGGGAGGGAGGAUUUGGUAAAGUGUAUAAAGGAAAACUUGUCUAUUCUAAGGGACAAAUCACAGUUGCUUUAAAACGUUUGGAUUACACAUUUCAGCAAAGAGACCUUGAGUUUUGGAAGGAGAUGAUUAUGCUUUCACUUUACAGACAUGAAAAUAUUGUGCCUCUCUUAGGGUUUUGCGAUGAUCAUGGGGAGAAGAUAAUAGUGUACGAGUAUGUAUCUAGGAGCGGGCUCGACGUGUAUCUUGACAGCCAUGAUCUAUCAUGGGUUCAACGCCUUAAGAUAUGCAUUGGGGCGGCUCGCGGACUAGCGUACCUUCAUAGUGAUGAUGGGACCAACCGAACAGUAUUGCAUCGCGAUAUUAAGAGUUCCAAUAUCGUGUUAGAUGAAUCCUGGAAUGCAAAGAUAGCAGAUGUGGGGUUGUCCAAAUUUGGCCGUUCUAACCAACAAUACAAAUAUCUUGUAGACAAUGUUGUAGGCACGGUUGGUUAUUGUGAUCCUGUAUAUUUUGAGACAGGGUCACUAACAAAGGAGUCAGAUAUUUACUCCUUUGGUGUGGUGUUGUUCGAAGUUUUAUGCGGGAGGUUGUGUCUUAUCAAAAAUGAUAAGCAUCAGUCUUUUACUGUUUUAGUACGCAAAUGUUACAAACAAAACAAUCUGAAUGAAAUUAUUUAUGGUAAAAUAAAAGAUGAAAUACAUCCUAGUUCUUUGGAGGUGUUUGCUAGAGUAGGUUAUCAAUGCCUAAAGAGAAGCCGUGACACUACAAGAAAAACAGCCUUUUACGACGCUCAUUGCGCGUCGUAAAAGGCUUAGACGACGCGCAAAUGCGUGUCAAGGAAGACCCUGUCAUAAAGAGAGACGACGCGCAUUUACGACGCUCAUUUACGACGCGCAAUUACGAUGCGCGUUUACGAUACGCAAUGCGUAUCAAGGAAGGCCCUGUCAUAAAGGAAGAUGACACGCAUUCGCGUGUCGUAACCUUACGACGCGCGUGUUAAUGACACGCAAUGCGUAUCAAGAAAGCCCCUGUCAAGAAAGGCCAUGUCAUAAAUGAAGAUGACACACAUGUUUGCGUAUCGUAAUUUUAAAUGUUUAAAAAAAAUAAAUUUAUAUAUUUAUUAAUUUUUAAAUUAAAUUUGCAUUUAAUUUCUCAUAAUAGAAAUAAAAUACCAUAUACAAAAAAUACAAUC